AUGUCUGAGGCAGACGUUGUGUACAGGGAACUCCUUCAGACCGCACACCCGAACACCAAACAGUUCGAUACAGUGGAGAGGAGACUGGCCAUGGUCCGGGAGUCCCUGAGAGGUCUGAGGGAGGGGCUGGACGCCAGGGCACACCCUCAUCUGUUGAGCCAUCAGAGGUUGCUGUUCAAAUACAGGCCAACCACAGCACAAGGUCAGUACAAUAAGUUAUCUUAUUUAUAUGGCUUGUCAUUUAGGUAAAAAAUAAUAAAAUAAAAGAGUGAAAGAAAAUUGCACCUUUACAUUUAAUUCAUUUUAAAAAAAUGAUAGCUUCAAUAGUAAGGACUGGAAAUUUCAUGUCAUUGUUUUAAAUUAAACAAGCCCUGAAAUAAGCAACCCCUAAAUUACACAAUCCCUAUUUUCGUAUAAAUCCUUUAUAUGCAUUUUUUACUAUUUUAUUUUAUAUUCUAAUUUCACACGCGCUUUUAUAUCAAAAAUGUAUUUCCCCCCGUAUUUUAGAAAAACAAAAGAAAACUAUGCACCAAUGCACUUGCGAUAGUUGUUCGAAUCUCAUGUAGCGCAGUUAUUUGGAAUUUCAUUUCGUGAAAUCAGUGUCAUCAUAUUUCCUUCAUCUUCUCCUUGAAAAACUGAUUUUUGGGGUUGGGGCUGAAAAUUUGAUAGAAUGUGUUGUCAUCCCAAGUUUCAUCUCGAUAGGCUGAUGGCAAGUGCGUCAAUAAGCCAUCCAAAGAUUUUACCACAUAUCCAGCCAGAAAGAAACACACAAAAGAAGCGGAGUCAAUAUGAAGGAUUUAAAAACGACUUUUGGAUUCAUAUUUUAUUAAAGAUUUUCAGAAUCCUGAGCAAUUAUUCUGAUAGACUUGUAAUGUGACGUAAGGAGCUCAUCUCAAUUAAAGCUUUACCCAUUCUAUGGCAGUUUGCAGUGGAGAAAAUAAAUUAAAAGCUUCUUUGAUUUGGAGAACUGUAAGUUAAUUAUUUUUGGGGCUGUGCACACAUGUGAAUUACCGCUAGCUCAAUGUUAUUCCCAGCCGAUCACAAAUAAUCACUCCAUUAUUAAAAACUAAAAUUUUUAUUUUGCAGUGAGACUGAAGCAAGAGAGGAGACAGCUGAAAAAUGGGGAAGCAAAGAAAAAAAUUGUAAAGCCAGAUUUGAAAAUGAAAGAUGAGAGGACAGAGAAACCAGAGCCCGAUUCAAAGACAGCCCAAGAAGGUAUUUCGUAAACAUUCCAGUUAUCCUAGUAACAUACACUCAUUUUCAAAACUUCACUUCCAGACCGGUUUUCACUAAAAUAUCAGUUCUUUUUUUUAAAACAAUGCUUUUUGACACCAAUGUUAUCUUCGUGAGAUUAAUUCAUACUCAUCUGUUAGAGUCCAUUCACUAGUCGGUGCCUAGGACGUCUUAAGGAUUUGCUGGGACUUUCUGGGGUUUUCUCUGAGUUUUGACUGAAACAAAACAUACAAAAAAUAUUUAAUAUUGCUGACAGAAAACAACCAACUGCUUGAAAGCUAUAAUAAACCCCAUCGCCUUGAAUUGUAUGGAAAAGUUAAUUUUUUUAAACAAAAAAACGGUUCAAAAAGAAAUUAAAAGACGAAUACACACAUGAAACGUGGAACACACAUAUUAUAAAGUGCUAGUUUGCUCACCUCCAUGGACAGAGUGCUUACAAAUGUUUUUUUGUCCUUCUGCAUUCCAAGUGCUGCUAUUAAUUUACCCAUUUCAUUGCCAUUUCAUUGCAUAAAUCAUGCAAACAAACUUCCGUAAGAAUCAUGAUUGUGUUCCACUGGAAGGAGAAGUUUUUGCAACGUUGGCAUUUGAUAGGAGUUAAAAUAAGGAGAUGCUGUGAGGUAUAGAAACAUAAAGCCCAUCAUCAUCAAAUGGAAAUAUUUGGUGCAUCCAGCUUUUGAAGGCACACAGUGUGCUCAAAGCUACUGCAGCAACCAAGUUUUUUUUUAUUGUGGUAUUGUUAAAAUACCAAGUAAAAUUAUUUAAAUUGCUCUGAGGUCAGCUUUGUCGUGAAGCUCUUGAAGUUACAUGAUUUGUACUGACAGCUGUUCAUAAGUUACCUCAUCUGUACAGACAGCUGUUCAUACAUUACCUUAUGUGUUAUGAAAGCUGUUCAUAAGUUACCUUAUCCGUACUGGAAUCUGUUUAUGGAGUGUAGAAGUAGAAAUUAGUCAAGCAUUUCAAUAGUGGCCAAUAAUCUACAUUUUAUUAAACUUGACAGUGUCUACUGGGACAAGCCUGGAUCUUCUGUAUGGCGCUACACCUUCACAGACACCAGGUCCAACUGGCUACAAAAAUAACAAUCACUCACCUGCUCAGGUAUCGGCUCUAGGGGCAGUUAUGAUGGCAACAUCAUCUGGUGCAAUACAAUCAGAAUCCUAUCCGCAGGUAUCAAAUCCUGGUAGCAACACAGUGGACCUGGGAACAGGUCCGCAAGCAUCAAAUACCCAUCAUAAACCAAAGAUGACCACACUUGAUUCACUCAACUUUCCUCUGUUGUUUCAAGAAAAGGAGUUGGAAGGAGGUAAGUACUGGGACCAUCUGAGAUCAAUUAAUGUUAACAUUGUGUGAUUUUGUCAGCAUCACUUUCAUUCUGGUUAAUAAGCUGUGACAUUGUCAGCCUCACUUUCAUUCUGGUUAACAAGCUGUGACAUUGUCAGCCUUACUUUCAUUCUGGUUAAUAAGCUUUGACAUUGUCAGCCUCACUUUCAUUCUGGUUAACAAGCUGUGACAUUGUCAGCCUCACUUUCAUUCUGGUUAAUAAGCUGUGACAUUGUCAGCCUUACUUUCAUUCUGGUUAACAAGCUGUGACAUUGUCAGCCUCACUUUCAUUCUGUUUAACAAGCUGUGACAUUGUCAGCCUCACUUUCAUUCUGGUUAACAAGCUGUGACAUUGUCAGCCUUACUUUCAUUCUGGUUAACAAGCUGUGAAAUUGUCAGCCUUACUCUCAUUCUGGUUAACAAGCUUUGACAUUGUCAGCCUCACUUCCAGUUCAGCAUUAAGUUUAAAUGUUACUACUUGUUUAGUAUGUGAGUAUUUUUAUAUUGGCUAGUAUCUUUUUUUAAGGAAUUUUUUUCCAUCUCCCUUUGAACCGAAAAUAACAAUAUAAUAUUAUGUUGUACAUCUCAGGACCAGCUGCAGAAAUUUUUGGGCUCAUCAAGAAUCUAGUCUCUUCCUGUGCUGCCAGAGAACAGAAACUAGUGUAUGAGAUGACCCACAGCCUUUUGAGCUGGACCAACCAUGUGACGGAGAAUGCAGCUGUUCUAAUGGCUCACUGCCCCAAUAUUUCUAGGAAAAUGUUUGUAAUUUCUCAAAAUUAAAUUGUACUGGAACUAAUGUUACACCAUUGCUUGUUUAACAAAAUUACUUUAUGCAAUACCUAACUGCUCUUAUUCUUGUGUUUUAAAGUUUUAAAUGUUGGAUGUCCUUGUUGAAAUGAGAACAAAAAUAGUUUUGUUUAUUUCUUUCAUUUCCUUUGUUUUAAGCUCAGCAUUCAUUUAGGCUGUAUUUAUUAUAAGGCUUUACUUUUUCAUCUUUAUUUUAAUUUGUCAUUUCAUCUGGACAGACCAUGGCAAAUAAAUAUUUUAAUGUUUGCAGAGAACUGACAGCUUUGAUUCAGGAAGUGGACAGAACGGCUCCAGUCGUUAUCCAGAAGGCGAAAUUUGUUUGUGGCGGAGAGGGGGCGUUACUCCAGGAGUUGCUUGUGGCUGGCAUGUCGUGGGCACAACAGGUAACAACGUGUUUCUCCAGUUGCUUUAAUCCAAUUGUUUACAAACUGUACAUUUGUUUAAUAAUCAAAUGUUCAAAGCCCAGGCUUAAUUAAAAAAACCUUUGUUUUCCCUUGAGAAAUAUUAAAAGGAAAGAAUUUAUUUUUGAAAAGAUAACCACCGGGUAUAAUAAAUUAUGUUACACCUGGCAAUAGCCCACCAAAUAAUGGCAUGAAAAGUUAAUUUGAAAAAAAUGUGCACACCAGAAAGAACUCUUCACUUUGGGGGAAAACUUUGGUUCCAACAAAAAUAACAUGAAUUAUUUUACUGUAAAUUCAGUUAGUUAUCAAACAGUGUUCAUUUGACAAAGCAGCUUUUAAUAUAAAAAAAAAACCACCAAAAAACUGGUGUUUUUAAGAAUCCAUAGUAGAUCAAAUAGGAAUACACAGCGUCUCAGCCAUGCAUACAAUCAUAGAUCAUUAUAUCAUGUUUUGAUUCUUUGAAAUGUUAAAGUAACUUGAUUCUGUAUUUUAAUUAUUAUGUUGAUUAUACUCUCCGUGAACCUGUCAUCAAGACAUCAUCCUUUUAAUCCCACACGCAGCUUGACAGGGCCAGACUCAUCAUUGACGUGACCACCGACCAGUGGCUGGUCAUGGCUAGCAACAUACGACAGCUGAUGGAGCUAAAUCAAGAUCAAGUCUUAAAGGAACAGGUGAGUGGGAAUAAUAAUAUAAUGUUCGGGUGCAUUUCUGUUCUUUUAGGUGGGGGGGGGGUGUUUAAAGGUGGUUCCAUAAGCCUGCCCACAAUGGCUUAACCCAGCCGCUUGCCACUCCAGCCAACCAGUGCAUCAGAACACAGGGAAUAUUUUUUUGUUUGUAACUAGGGGCAGAUGUUGUAGUUCAUGUGCUUGUUGCAAUUAGAAUUAGGUUGCGUGAAAUCUUGACUUUUUGAAAUUAUUAGAAUUUUUAACAUUCUCCUGUGAAUGAUUGUGCCAUUAUCUCACUCAGUAAGUAUUUCUGGUGGAAUUAAAGAUUAAUUGCAUAUUUAUUCAUGUCUAGAUGAGUGCACUGGCCAGUGCCCAAAAGGAAAUGUGUCACCUCUUAGAAAGAGUUACAAAGCUGAAUGGCAACUACCUGGACAACGGAACAGGCAAACUUGCCUUUUUGGUUGAAAGCCGAGAUGAACUGGAAAAUCUGACCCUGACAAUCCAGACGUCUGUAGAGGUGGCGGCCGUCACUGGCAAGUGGGCUUUCUGGGAUUAUUAUUAUUAUUAGUGGUUUUAUAUAGCGUGGUACCCCCAGCCUAGGGCUGGGUUUACCACACUGUUCAUACAAUUUAACAAACAUUAACAUGAACUUAAAAAUUAACAUACAUUAAUUAAAUAAAAUCAAAACAAAUGCAUAUUCACGCCACAGUUCCAGAAUUUAUUCACGCCACAGUUCCAGAAUUAUUUACAUGCUUAUAGGUUAUGUAGCUUGAUAGAAGUUAUAAAUUUAACAAUUCUCUUACUUUAUAACAGUGGUAAAAACAACAAAUGACUGGUGGCAGCUUGGAAUGGCCUGUCGUGAUUGGUCGGUUUUAAUGACAUGCGUCCAGUCUGAGGUCAGUGACAUCGUCAGUCAGAUGGAGAAUCUUGGAGAGCAGAGACUGCAAUGCUUGCAGGGCAUACCCCAAAAAGAUGGCUUGAGAACAGCAGACGUUUUGGAGAGGGAGACAAACGAUAUUCUUGAACAAGUGGAUUGUGUUGUUCUAGGGUAAGUGAUGCUUCAGGACAAAUUUUUUUCUCAAGUUCGUUUGAAUGCUCCUGCCCCCCACUGUGUAAAUAGUUCAAAACUUUCAUGGUGUACAAAAUAAAUAUAUAAUAUAAAUAUAUAAAAUAAAUUUAUAACAUAAAUAUAUAAUAUAAAUAUAUGAAAUAAAUUUAUAAAACAAAUUAUAAUAUAAAUAUAUAAUAUUAAUAUAUAAAAUAAAUUUAUAUUAUAAAUAUAUAAAAUAAAUUUAUAAUAUAAAUAUAUGACAUAAAUAUAUAGUAUAAUUAUAUAAAAUAAAUAUAUAAUAUAAAUAUAUGAAAUAAAUAUAUAAUAUACAUAUAUGAAAUAAAUAUAUAAUAUAAAUAUAUGAAAUAAAUAUAUAAUAUAAAUAUGUUAAAUAUAUAUAUAAUAUAAAUCAUAUAAUAUAUAUAUAUAUAGUAUAAAUAUAUAAAAUAAAUAUAUUAAAGAAAUUUAUAAGAUAAAUAAAACUUUAAUUGACAACACAUUCACAUUUAAAUGUUAAGAAUGAUUUUAAAACAAUCUAUCAACACUGAGCUCUAAAAGCUCAAGUCUUAAAAAUGCGUCAUUCUCAUCAGUGAUGGAACACUGAAAUUAAGAAGUGAUGUGCUUGUUGAUGAACUGCAGGCAGCG